UGAGAGAGCCUCUUGUGCUCACGUCAGCAAAGAUGUCAUAUCGCUCUCCGGUUCCUGUGGUUUUACUAUGACAUUUUACCCCCGAAGAGGGACGAAUCCAAAGGGUUGGUUAACGAGGCCAUUUGCGGAAAAGACCUCAAUAACCUAAAGAAACGUCUGUGGGUUCCAAAUCUGCAUCUGGGUGGAGUGGAAGGUGAUGUAGGCCUUCAGCAGAUAACCUUGGAUUUUCAGAUAAUAACAGAAUUCCCCCUGGGAAUGCUGACUCCUUGCUUGGUGCCUUGAAGUUUCUCCGAGAUGAACUGAUGAACUGGAGCCAUGGUGCAAAAGAAGAAGUUCUGUCCUCGGUUACUUGACUACCUAGUGAUUGUAGGCGCCAGGCACCCGAGCAGUGACAGUGUGGCCCAGACCCCUGAAUUGCUUCGGCGAUACCCGUUAGAGGAUCACCCUGAGUUUCCCCUGCCCCCAGAUGUCGUGUUCUUCUGCCAGCCAGAGGGCUGCCUGAGUGUGCGGCAGCGGCGCAUGAGCCUGCGGGAUGAUAUCUCUUUUGUCUUCACCCUCACCGACAAGGACACCGGAGUCACGCGUUAUGGCAUCUGUGUUAACUUCUACCGCUCCUUCCAGAAGCGAAUGCCUAAGGAAAAGGGGGAAGCUGGGGCAGGGUCCCGUGGGAAGGAAGGCCCCCGGCCCCCCAGCGCCUCAGAAGAGGUUGGCACUGAGAGUUCGGAGAGUGGCUCGUCCCUGCAGCCUCCCAGUGCCGACUCCACCCCCGAUGUGAACCAGUCUCCUCGGGGAAAACGCCGGGCCAAGGCGGGAAGCCGGUCCCGCAACAGUACUCUGACUUCCCUCUGCGUGAUCAGCCACUACCCCUUCUUCUCCACCUUCCGAGAGUGUCUGUACACCCUCAAACGUCUGGUGGACUGCUGCAGUGAGCGACUGCUGGGCAAGAAACUGGGCAUCCCCCGAGGCAUACAAAGGGACACCAUGUGGCGCAUCUUCACUGGAUCGUUGCUGGUGGAGGAGAAGUCAGGUGCCCUUCUGCAUGACCUUCGAGAGAUUGAGGCCUGGAUCUAUCGAUUGCUGCGCUCCCCAGUGCCCGUCUCUGGGCAGAAGCGAGUAGACAUUGAGGUCCUACCCCAGGAGCUCCAGCAAGCUCUGACCUUUGCUCUUCCUGACCCCUCUCGAUUCACCCUGGUGGAUUUCCCACUGCACCUUCCCUUGGAACUUCUGGGUGUGGAUGCCUGCCUUCAGGUGCUAACCUGCAUCCUGUUAGAGCACAAGGUGGUGCUACAGUCCCGCGACUACAACGCACUCUCCAUGUCUGUGAUGGCAUUUGUGGCAAUGAUCUACCCCCUGGAGUAUAUGUUUCCUGUCAUCCCACUGCUGCCCACCUGCAUGGGAUCGGCAGAGCAGCUGCUGUUGGCCCCAACCCCAUACAUCAUCGGGGUCCCUGCCAGCUUCUUCCUCUACAAACCGGACUUCAAAAUGCCUGACGAUGUAUGGCUAGUGGACCUGGACGGCAGUAGGGUGAUUGCCCCCACCAAUGCAGAAGUGCUACCUGUCCUGCCAGAACCAGAGUCAUUAGAGUUGAAAAAACAUCUGAAGCAGGCCCUUGCCAGCAUGAGCCUCAACACCCAGCCAAUCCUCAAUCUGGAAAAAUUCCAUGAGGGCCAGGAGAUCCCCCUGCUCUUUGGAAAGCCUACUAGUGACCUGCAGUCCACCCCUUCCACGGAAUUCAACCCACUCAUCUAUGGCAAUGAUGUGGAUUCUGUGGAUGUCGCAACCAGAGUGGCCAUGGUCCGUUUCUUCAACUCCCCCAACGUGCUGCAGGGCUUUCAGAUGCACACACGUAUCCUGCGCCUCUUCCCUCGGCCUGUGGUAGCUUUUCAAGUUGGCUCCUUCCUAGCCUCGCGUCCCCAGCAGACUCCUUUUGCUGAGAAAUUGGCCAGGACUCAGGCUGUGGAGUACUUUGGGGAAUGGAUCCUUAACCCUACCAACUAUGCCUUUCAGCGAAUUCACAACAAUAUGUUUGAUCCGGCCCUGAUUGGUGACAAGCCAAAGUGGUACGCUCAUCAGCUGCAACCCAUCCACUACCGCGUCUAUGAUAGCAAUUCCCAGCUGGCUGAAGCGCUGAGUGUGCCCCCAGAGCGUGACUCUGACUCUGAUCCUACUGAUGACAGCGGCAGUGAUAGUAUGGACUAUGGUGACUCAAGCUCUUCCUACUCCUCCCUCGGUGACUUUGUUAGUGAAAUGAUGAAGUGUGACAUCAAUGGCGAUACACCUAAUGUGGAUCCUCUGACGCAUGCAGCGCUGGGGGAUGCCAGUGAGGUGGAGAUUGAUGAGCUGCCGAUCCAGAAAGAAGCCGGGGAGCCUGGCUCCCACAGAGAGAACGCUCAGGAACACCCCCCACCGCACUCCAGCUCCAGCACCACGGCCAGCAGUGGCCCCAGCACCGUCAUCCACGGAGCCAGUGCUGAACCUGCUGACUCAACAGAGAUGGAUGAUAAGGCAGCACUAGCCAUCUCCAAGCCCCUCCCUCCCGUGCCUCCCAGCAUCAGCAAAUCGGUUGUGGACAGGCGCCAGACAGAAACUGGAGAGGGAUCAGUGUGCCGGCGAACCUUUGACAACCCAUACUUCGAGCCCCAGUAUGGCCUUCCCCCUGAGGAAGAUGAUGAUGACCAGGGGGAAAGUUACACUCCCCGAUUCAGCCAACAUGUCAGUGGCAAUCGGGCUCAAAAGCUGCUGCGGCCCAACAGCUUGAAACUGGCAAGCGACUCAGACGCAGAGUCAGACUCCCGAGCAAGCUCUCCCACCUCCACCAUCUCCAACAACAGCACCGAGAGCUUUGGGGGCAUCAUGUCUUUUGCCAGCAGCCUAUAUCGGAACCACAGUACAAGCUUCAGUCUUUCGAACCUCACACUGCCCACCAAAGGUGCCCGGGAGAAGACCACGCCCUUCCCCAGUCUGAAAGUAUUUGGGCUAAAUACUCUAAUGGAGAUUGUUACUGAAGCCGGCCCCGGGAGUGGUGAAGGAAACAGGAGGGCCUUGGUGGACCAGAAGUCAUCUGUCAUUAAACACAGCCCAACAGUGAAGCGAGAACCCCCGUCACCCCAGGGCCGAUCCAGCAAUUCUAGCGAGAACCAGCAGUUCCUGAAGGAGGUGGUGCACAGCGUGCUGGAUGGCCAGGGCGUCGGCUGGCUCAACAUGAAGAAGGUGCGACGGCUGCUGGAGAGCGAGCAGCUGCGGGUCUUUGUCCUGAGCAAGCUGAACCGCACGGUGCAGUCCGAGGACGAUGCCCGGCAAGAUCUCAUCCCCGACGUGGAGAUCAGUCGAAAGGUGUACAAGGGAAUGUUAGACCUGCUCAAGUGCACGGUGCUCAGCCUGGAGCAGUCCUAUACCCAUGCAGGUCUGGGCGGCAUGGCCAGCAUCUUUGGGCUUCUGGAGAUCGCUCAGACCCACUACUACAGCAAAGAACCAGACAAGCGUAAGAGAAGUCCAACAGAGAGCGUGCAUACACCAGUUGGCAAGGAUCCUGGCCUGGCUGGUCGGGGGGACCCAAAGGCUACGGCACAGCUGAGAGUUCCCCAGCUGGGGCCUCGGGCACCAAGUGCUACAGGAAAGGGUCCUAAGGAACUAGAUACCAGGAGUUUAAAGGAAGAGAAUUUUGUAGCAUCUGUUGAAUUGUGGAACAAGCACCAGGAAGUGAAAAAGCAAAAAGCUAUGGAAAAACAGAGGCCUGAAGUACUCAAGCCUGCCUUUGACCUUGGCGAGACGGAAGAGAAAAAGUCCCAGAUCAGCGCAGAUAGUGGUGUGAGCCUAACAUCUGGUUCCCAGAGGACAGACCCAGACUCUGUCAUCGGUGUGAGCCCAGCUGUGCUGAUCCGAAGCUCCAGUCAGGAUUCUGAAGUUAGCACCGUGGUGAGUAAUAGUUCUGGAGAGACCCUUGGAGCCGACAGUGACUUGAGCAGCAAUGCAGGCGAUGGACCAGGUGGCGAGGGAAGCACCCGCUUGACAAGCUCUCGGGGCACUUUGUCCGAUAGUGAAAUUGAGACCAACUCUGCCACCAGCGCCAUCUUUGGUAAAGCCCACAGCUUGAAGCCGAGCGUAAGGGAGAAGCUGGCGGGCAGCCCGGUUCGCUCUUACGAAGACGUAAGCCAGCGAGUCUAUCUCUACGAGGGACUCAUAGGAAGGGACAAAGGAUCGAUGUGGGACCAGUUAGAGGAUGCUGCUAUGGAGACCUUUUCUAUGAGUAAAGAGCGUUCUACGUUAUGGGACCAAAUGCAGUUCUGGGAAGAUGCAUUCUUAGAUGCUGUGAUGUUGGAGAGAGAAGGGAUGGGUAUGGACCAGGGUCCCCAGGAGAUGAUAGACAGGUACCUGUCACUGGGAGAGCAUGACCGGAAACGCCUUGAGGAUGAUGAAGAUCGUUUGCUGGCCACGCUUUUGCACAACCUGAUCUCCUAUAUGCUGCUGAUGAAGGUACAGAAGAAUGACAUCCGGAAGAAGGUGAGGCGCCUGAUGGGAAAGUCCCAUAUUGGGCUUGUGUACAGCCAGCAAAUCAAUGAAGUACUUGAUCAGCUGGCCAACCUGAAUGGCCGUGAUCUCUCUGUCCGGUCCAGUGGUAGCCGGCACAUGAAGAAGCAGACUUUUGUGGUACAUGCAGGGACAGACACAAAUGGAGAUAUCUUUUUUAUGGAGGUGUGUGAUGACUGCGUGGUGCUGCGCAGCAACAUUGGGACGGUGUACGAGCGCUGGUGGUACGAGAAGCUCAUCAACAUGACAUACUGCCCCAAGACCAAGGUGCUGUGCUUGUGGCGCAGAAACGGCUCGGAGACCCAGCUCAACAAGUUCUACACAAAGAAGUGUCGGGAGCUGUACUACUGCGUGAAGGACAGCAUGGAGCGUGCCGCCGCCCGGCAGCAGAGCAUCAAACCUGGGCCUGAACUAGGUGGCGAGUUCCCCGUGCAGGACAUGAAGACUGGUGAGGGUGGCUUGCUGCAGGUCACCCUAGAAGGGAUCAAUCUCAAGUUCAUGCACAACCAGGAGCGGAAGGUUUUCAUAGAGCUGAAUCACAUUAAAAAGUGCAAUACAGUUCGAGGCGUCUUUGUCCUGGAGGAAUUUGUUCCUGAAAUUAAAGAAGUGGUGAGCCACAAGUACAAGACACCCAUGGCCCACGAGAUCUGCUACUCAGUGUUGUGUCUCUUCUCGUAUGUGGCUGCGGUCCGCAGCAGUGAGGACGACCUCCGAACCCCACCCCGGCCUGUCUCCAGCUGAUGGAGGGUGACGGCUGCCCCAGCCCAGGGGCGCCCUGGCCUCUUGCCUCUUGCUGUUCCCCAGUGCAUGAUGCUGCUAAGACCAGAUGCGGAUGACGCACGUUCUCUGCAAGCCCCUCGCGUGGCUUAGGUGGUUCCCAGUUAUGUGUCUGUUGGUGUGUCUUAGUGUGUUCAUCACAGGGCUGAGCUAGCCUCUUCCGCCUUCUCCCUCUUCACUCCCAGAAGACCAGCCUACUGUUCCCUCAGGGCUCGGUGUGUGAGUGUGAGUGUGAGUGUGUGAGUGUGUGUGAGUGUGUGUGUGUGUGUCUGUGUCUGUGUCUGUUGGGCCAGUGGCUUCUAAGAACUCUUUGGCACAGGCCAGUGUGAGUCCACGCCUGCAUGCCCUUGAGACAUUUGUGCUGUGGCUCCGUGUCCUUGGCAUUGUGACCUCCCUGUGCAGGACUCUGUGAUCCAGCACAGCCGGGCGCCUGGAACAGCCCCCUCUGGGGAGUAGUGAGGGAAGCUUCAGGCUUCCUGAGCGGGGUGGGCGGCGAGAGGAGGGAGAGGCCCGGGGCAGCAGAGUGAGUGGCAACCUCCCUGCUUCCUGACGCAUUUCCUAAGCUGGCAGCCACCACCGCCCGCCCGUGGGCCACACACAGCCUUGCUGCUGUCACCAUGGCCUCCACCACUCAGCGGAGCAGCUCUUCCCCUGGGGUCUGCCUGGCCUGAGGCAGAGGAGAGCAGACUGGUUGGGGCCAGGAGACUCCCAGGAACCGGAAGGGGUGGGCAAAGGCCACGUUCGGUAGACACACCCGUGUCUGCAGGCGCGUCUCCUGGCACCGGGUGCCAGAAGGGAGAGAGGGCCUGGGAGUGGGCAAGAGAUGACUGUACAUAUUUAUUUCAGCUCCACAUUAUUUAUAGAAAAUGUACAGAUGUGUGAAUGUGAAAUAAAUGUCCUUAACUCUC